AUGGAAAUACAGUGGAAGGAAGUAGAGUCUGCCCUCCGGCAAUCCAAACAGCAACUGGUGAACAGGGAAGAAGGAAACCCAACAGAAUUUGAGAUUGGAGAAGAAGCUUGGCUCAAUGCCAAAAAUGUCAGCCUCAAAACCUUAAGUCCCAAGCUAACAGAACAAUGCCUGGGACCAUUCAAGGUCAUUGAGAAAAUCUCCAAUCAAGCGUAUUGUCUAGAACUCCCAUCAACCAUGAGAAUCCACAAUGUCUUCUAUGUGGGGCUACUAUCUAAGGUCAAAAGGGAUAAAAAAUGUGCCUUUGAGAACUGCCCACCGCCAGUUACUGUGGACAGGGAAGAAGAAUACAAAGUCAAAGGCAUAACAGAUGCAGAGGAAAGAAACAGGAAAUGGUUCUUCCAAGUCAAAUGGAAGGGUUAUGGGUCCAAGCAAAACACAUGGGAACCCCAAGAAAACCUAAAAAACACCAAAAAAAUUUUAAAAGAGUACAAAAAAGAAAUGAAAAAGAAGGCCCUUGGCACUGCCAAGGCCCUUAGAGGGGGGGCAGUGUUGUAG